AUUGUUGAACUGGCGUAAUCUUUCCGAAGUAAAUAAUCACCGAUUAAGUGAUUCAUGUUUCUGUGAAUAAAAACGACAUGAAUAGAAGUAAUUUCGCGUUUCUGUGAUAAAAUAACGAUAGGAGUAGGGUGAGGAAUACCCCAUACCCUCGUUUAGACAGAUUUAGUUGGCGAUACGUGUUUUCCAAGCGUGUUGUGUGGUAAAAAUGGAUCCAUCUCUUGAUCAGUCCUAUAUCCAAAAAAUGCAAUACAUGUCUUUGAACGGACAAGGCGAAGACCCGAGGUACGGUAGAAUAACGAAUAUAUCGAAAGCCGAGCCCGCGGUAACCACAUAUCAUCAAAAACAAAAAUCCAUAGGGGUUAUAGAGAAUUUCGCUAAAGACACAGGCAAACCUAGUGAUUACGCGAUGUACGAGCGUAGCAAUGUUAUAGCUAGUAGUAAAUACGCGACCCCCAAGCAAGUAGAGACUCUAACAGCUGAAGAAAACGAUGUUUAUGUGCAAUGUGCAAAACCUCAAGUUCCUUUAAAUGCAAGCCCCACACACUCUCUUAGUGGUUCUUCACAGCAUUCUGGAAGCCCUAGGCAUAGUAUGGCAGGCGCCCCAGUGUAUGAGAAUAUAGAUUACUACUCGGCUAGAGCUGCACCGCAGAGUUAUUAUCAAAAAGGGAAUAUACAGUGUGGAGAGGGAGGUUUUCGAAAGGCACAGCCACAAGUCCCUUCAGGGAAUAGAAUGAGGGAUUUGGAUGGGCCUCCGGUUUAUGAGAAUGUUCACAGUAUGUCUCAAAUGCCUGGUCCACAAGUCCCAGCUAAUUCAGGUUAUCCAAUGCAAGGUUAUAUGCCUAAUUAUAAUCAACAACAAGCUGUGUAUUCAGUGAUGCAGGGGCCGCAACGUGCAGUCACAGCAACAUCAAAACCAGCCCCACAACAACCCUACAACAACUACCAACAACAAUAUAAUAAACCCCCAUCAAAAUCCUACUCCCAACAACAACUAGAAGAUAUUAACGGUAGCGAUUACGUUUGUAUGACUGGUAACAUCUCUCACACUCUAAGCACAAACACACAAUUCCAAACAUCCUCCGCAAAAAGCUAUGAUAGGUCACCUGCAACUGGUAUAGCACAAACCCCAACAAAAAUUGUACCCUCAAAAGAGGGCAGGAACAAAUGCGAGGAAAAAAGACCUUCCCCAGCUCCUAGCCCUACUCCAAGUACUUGCAGUAAUGCGAGUAUGAAGUUGAAAAUCAGCGGAAAGAAUCUUUUGCCUUACAGUGUGACUCCUCCAAAGCCGAGGGGGCCCACUGAAGCAGAGAAGAAAAUUGAAGAGAUGACCAGGCAGAUUGAGGAGGAGAUGGAGAAACACGAGGAGGAGGGGGAAUAUUUUGGCGUUUGUCACACAUGUGGGGAAAAGGUGACGGGCGCCGGCCAGGCUUGCCAAGCCAUGGGCAACUUGUACCACACAAACUGUUUCAUAUGUUGCUCGUGCGGGCGCGCGCUGCGCGGCAAAGCCUUCUACAACGUCCAUGGCCGGGUCUACUGCGAAGAAGAUUACCUAGUAAGCCCAAAACCAAAUUAUUCUGGAUUCCAGCAAACGGCUGAAAAAUGCGCUAUUUGCGGGCAUUUGAUUAUGGAAAUGAUUUUGCAAGCCAUGGGUAAAUCGUAUCAUCCCGGCUGUUUCCGUUGUUGCGUUUGCAACGAGUGUCUAGAUGGCGUGCCGUUCACAGUCGACGUCGAUAACAAAAUUUACUGCGUCAACGACUACCAUCGGAUGUUCGCGCCCAAAUGCGCGGCAUGUGGAAAUGGCAUUACUCCGGUCGAGGGCACCGAAGAGACGGUGCGCGUCGUGUCGAUGGACAAAGACUUCCACGUGGACUGCUACGUGUGCGAGGAGUGCGGCAUGCAGCUCACCGACGAGCCCGACAAGCGCUGCUAUCCGCUAGAGGGCAGGCUGAUGUGCCGCGGUUGCCACAUACAGCGGCUGCAGCACACGCCGCGCCAGAUGCACCCCGUUGCCGCCACCUAUCAGUACAGCGGGUAAAAGGCUUGCAAACCGGUUGUGAAUUAUUAUUUUUUACGUACUGUAUGUUUGGAUGCUGAAAAAUUGCCAGGUAAGUCCUUUUUGAUUUUGGGUAAAAAUGUUUACAAGUUACGGAAAAU